CUCUCUCUCUCUCUCCCUCUAUACUUGGUCUUGCCAAACUGUGAAAGUCCUUGAGAAACAAACCAUCCCAUAAGCAAACACAAAUCAAGAAGAUUGUCCAAGUUCUCCAUCGAAAUCUAUUCACUUGCUUCUCUAUCAUCCACCAUUUCUUGACGGCCGAAGAAGAAAUAGAAAGAACCGGCAAAGCGGAAGAGAAUCGGGUCAUCGGCGGUGUCUCUCCAAUCCUCUCUCCAGAGACGCCGGCGCGAUAAAGAUGUCGGCACAGGCGGGGGAAGCCGCGCAUUUGCAGGAUGACAGUCAAGAAGCGAUUGAAACAAUAGCAAUGACUGCAGAAGCUGAUCAAGGCCAACCUCAUCAGCAGUAUGAUCAACACGACCAGAUGCUGAACUACUACGGAACAGCCGGCGGGACGAGCGAGAUCGAGGAGGAGCACUCGAGCGAUCUCUUCGAGAUCGGCGGCGGCCCGAUGGCGGCGGUCAAGGAGGACCGGACGGAUGGGAUGAGCUUGUUCUCGUUCGACAUACACAACUACAGCGAGGGCGCAUGGGAUGGCGGUGAGUGCGUGUACGUGGCGGUGGGAGCGAAGGGCGAGACGAGCAUGGAUGCACUGACAUGGACGCUGAAGAACGCCGUGGCCGACCGGUCGAACGCGACCGUCUUCCUUGUGCAUGUCUUCUCUGAGACCCGCUUCGUUCCGAGCCCCUUAGGAAAUCUACCCAUAUCUGGGGUGAGCGAACAGCAAGCGGAGACAUUCAAGGCACAAGAAAGAGGCAAAAGGAGCCAACUACUCCAGAAGUACCUGAACACAUGCAUUUCCUCAAAGGUUAAGGUGGACACUAUACUCAUUGAGAGUGACAUGGUUGCGAAGGCCAUCCUAGAGCUCAUUCCUGUCCUCAACAUAACCAAGUUAGUGGUCGGCACUGCCAAAUCCAAUUUGAGGAGGUUGAAAUCUAAGAAGGGAAAUGGGAUUGCUGAUCAGAUACUUCAGAAAGCACCUGAGACAUGUGAGGUCAAAAUCAUAUGUGAAGGAAAGGAGGCGAUACUAGAGCAGAUGGUGACGGAGUCGCCGUCGACACCUUCGCACAGCAAGCCAACCUCGCCUUCGCAAGGGAAUCCCGACAAGCCCAACCCGAUGCAGGAAGAGAAUCAGUGCGCGGACUAUUUCUCAUGCAUGUGUUUCAAACCUAAGGCCGCUUGACAAGAUAUGGGGAUUCGUCCAUACUUUCCAUUUCCUCCUUUCUUUUCUUCUGUCCUUGGAAAUCGACUUCAGCUGCGAAGGGUCUGUGAAGCAAGCACAAUCAGCACGUACAUUGAUUUCCCGCCGCGUGAUUUAGUAAAAGCCCGCCUACACUGAUUAACGAA